AUGACAUCAUUUGAAAAUCUAUCGAUUUCUCAGAAGGUCCGUGCUGCACUACAUCGAGACGUACGUGCUAUUUGCGUUGAAACUUGUCAUUGUAUGGGAUUGGAUAUCACGAAGCCUGCAAAUGCUAUUAUCGCAGAGCUUGUGAUCUCAAAGAUUGCUCUCUAUGGAUCAGAUUUAGAAGCUUUUGCAAAGCACGCGAAACGUUCUACAAUAAAUUCUGAUGAUGUUAAAUUGCUUGUGAGAAGGAAUCCUGCAUUGAAAGCUCGCCUAAUCAAGCUAUGUGGUGACAAUGCUCCAAAAGAAAAGCGUCGAAAAACAACAGCACCUCUUGUAAGAACAGAAGCGCCAAUACAGAAGAAACUAGAACUCGAUAUAAAGAAGAAAGUGGUAGAAGAAAUGCCCGGCCCGUCGAAAGAGUCUGAUGAGUUUGAGGAUAACAUGAUAGACCUUACACUAUCACAA